AAGAAUGUAAUGCCGGCAAAUUAGGUGCCUGUAUUGCCCACAACGUCAUCGAUUUUGAUUAUUUGGAUGAAAACAACUCGACAAAAGCAUGUUGGAAAAGUCGAAUUAGAUAUGAAAUUCACAAAACUGUAGAACACUUUGUUAAUACUCGAUUAAGAAGGGCCCGCUGUUACCGUACUAAAGAGCAAUGCCAGCGGCUGUGGGGUGCAUUAACCACUCAAGCAACGAGGAGUGCGGCAUUCGGGACGUCUGGGCUCACAAUUUGGAAGAGGAAUUUAGAACAAUAAGACAAAUUGUACAGAAGUACCAUUAUGUGGCCAUGGACACGGAAUUUCCCGGCGUGGUGGCCCGACCCAUCGGCGAAUUUAAGAGCUCAGCGGAUUACCAGUACCAAAUGCUGAGAUGUAACGUCGAUUUGCUGCGGAUUAUACAACUGGGGCUCACGUUUCUAGACGACAAUGGCAAAACGCCCGGGGGCGCAUACACAACGUGGCAGUUCAAUUUUAAAUUUAAUUUACAGGAAGAUAUGUACGCCCAAGACAGCAUCGAUUUGUUAACAAAUUCCGGGAUCCAGUUCAAAAAACACGAAGACGAGGGAAUUGAACCUUUAGAUUUUGCCGAACUGCUCAUGACGUCGGGCAUCGUCCUUAUGGACAAUAUCAAAUGGCUGUCGUUUCAUUCGGGCUACGACUUCGGUUAUUUAAUAAAACUUCUAACCGACAACCAUUUGCCUCAAGACGAAAACGAGUUUUUUGAGUUGCUUAAGCUGUAUUUCCCCGCCAUUUAUGACGUAAAGUAUUUGAUGAAAUCGUGUAAAAACUUGAAAGGGGGGCUGCAAGAAGUCGCAGAACAGUUAGAUUUAGAACGAGUGGGUCCACAACAUCAAGCUGGAUCUGAUUCGCUGUUAACUGGAAUGGCGUUUUUUAAAAUGAAGGAAAUGUUUUUUGAGGAUACGAUUGAUGAUUCAAAAUUUUCGGGACAUCUGUACGGGCUGGGGACAUCGUUCGCCGUCAAUGGAACUUCCAAUAACUAUGCCUCUGAUAAUGGAGAAAAUACCAAUUCAUGAAAAUCUGUCUUAAUUUAUGUUUUAAUUGUUCACAGUGGUCACAUUUUGUGUAAAUAAGAACGCCUCUUUUUGUAUUGUUUUAUAAUUUGCCACGAGAUUACUUAAUAAGAAAAACCAUCGUUUAGUGACUGUACUGGUUUUAUUCUCCAUUAAAUAAGACUUUUCUAUUU